GAUAUUCCGUCGUCUGCUGCUCAACACGUUGUUAUUUCUGAAAAGUUCAUUCCUUCGUUGCAAUUUAAGAUUAAAGAUUUGAAGCUAUCGAAACAAAAUGGAAGAAACGACACCAGAUAAUAUUGCAAAAGAUAAAAUAGCUGAAACAGCCUUGGUCUCACGAGCCAAUCCCGACAGAAAAGUGUAUGGUGCGACGACAGGAAAAAUCAGGGUUAUGAACCAGAUUCCAGAUGACAUACUGAACGAUAAAAAAUUAGCAGCAGCAAUCGAACUUCUUCCAAGUAAUUAUUCCUUUGAAAUUCAUAAAACGGUGUGGAGAAUCCGCCAAGUUGGGGCUAAAAGAGUAGCUUUGCAAAUGCCAGAAGGGUUGCUCAUGUUUGCUUUGACAAUCUCAGACAUUAUAGAAGAGUUUUGUCAAGCUGAAACUGUGAUAAUGGGGGAUGUUACCUAUGGAGCCUGUUGUGUUGAUGAUCGAACAGCCAUAGCUCUAGGAGCUGACUUAAUGAUUCACUAUGGACAUUCAUGUUUAAUUCCAGUGGAUCAGACUAGUGGAAUCAAAAUGCUUUACAUUUUUGUUGAUAUAAAAUUUGAUUCACAACAUUUCAUUGAAACAAUUAAGCUUAACUUUGACAAAGAAACCAGAUUGUCAUUUGUGAGUACCAUUCAGUUUGUGGCCUCACUACAGAGCUUGGUGAUGCUGCUUAAGAGUGAAGGAUAUAUUGCCAGUACACCCAAAUCUUCACCAUUGUCGCCAGGCGAAAUUCUGGGCUGUACGUCUCCUUCAAUAGACACAGACGUCAUCAUUUAUCUUGGAGACGGAAGAUUUCAUCUUGAAUCGGCAAUGAUAGCGAAUCCAGAUUGCAGAGCAUACAAGUACGAUCCUUACAAUAAAGAAUUUACGCAAGAGUUUUAUGAACAUGACCAGAUGAAGACCAACAGAAAAGCAGCCAUAAACACAGCUACAAAAGCCUCUAGAUUUGGUUUAAUCUUAGGGACACUGGGCCGACAAGGAAGUCCAAAAGUGCUGAACGAAAUCAAAGAGAAAGUGCUGAAAUCGAACAAGGAAUUCGUUACCAUAUUGAUGUCGGAAAUAUUUCCGUCCAAACUAGCGCUUAUGCCCAGCGUCGAUGCAUGGGUUCAAAUUGCAUGCCCAAGACUUUCAAUUGAUUGGGGUCUUGCUUUUGCCAAGCCACUCUUGACGCCUUACGAAAUCAAUGUGGCGCUGAAAGAGGUGGAAUGGAAGGACACGUACCCCAUGGAUUUCUAUGCCUAUGAAAGUUUAGGAGCAUGGACACCCAAUUACAAACCAAAAUGUGAAAAGAAAAAAACUGUCGACAGAAAAUGAAUUUAGGUCCUCUUCUGCACUUACCUCUCGCACUUAUUUUCUUGGGGAAUGGGACCUAGGAUCGCUAGGAUCACCCGACUGUACAGCCCUUCUGUUAGUACCUUGCUAACGCAGGUAGAUAAAAAUUUUGUAUUUUCCCUCUUUUUAUCCUUUUUGUUUUGGCCACUAGAUGCCAAUAGGUGCACCUUUUAGUUAAUAUAUCCGCAUCUCUCUUUCUUAUGUUCAAACCGAGAAUAUUACGUUUAUGUAUAACAUUGAUCGACGAAUUCAUAAUGUGAGUUGAACACAGGAUAUUGAAAUUUGAAACAUUGAUUUAUUUCAUAUGUUCAUGUUCAUUUACUACAUAAUUUCUGUCCCAGGCUUUAUAAAGUUCUUUCAGGGCCUCUUCGACUCAUUCGAUGUGCUUGACAAUUUCUAGCAAAAAUCUGGUUAAUUUAAAAUCCGAUAAACUUUCUGCGCGCGCGCGCUUUUCUCCCACUAGGACUGGUCAGUUUUGAAUUAAAAACUAAAAACAGUUUGACAUGUAGGCUUGCCUGAUUCACGUGAGUAAUAUGGGUUCUCCACUACAAUUAAGCUCCCAUGAAAAUUACUAUCGAAACACGGGAUUGUAUCUAUUAGAAGUAAACACACAUACGUGGUAGGUGCUCCUUCGGGUGAAACAAAAAAAAUUGUAUCGAAAUAAGAGCUAGUGUUUCCAACCGCAAUUGAUCAAUGUCACGUGCAGGAAAACCCCUAAAGUCUGAAACUACAGCAAAAACCACAGCAGCAAAAAAGUUCUUCUACGAAAAAAAAAGGUAAAUUUUACCUUCUUCUCUUUCUGUAUUUUUCUUGUGAUUCAUCGUCUUCCAUGCAUGUAUAACUUCCUGGUAGUUCGUUACGAAAUUCGUUGCCAUCAUCUCGUGGCUUAAUCUCUCAUUUACAUUUGAAUUAGUAGGACACCGUUGCGUUGGGCGUUGGCCAACGAAAUUCGAUUAGCAUUUCAAACCGGUCACAAUCGUGUGAACAUUCGUCAUCAGGAUUCUCUAGCAUGUGGACAUAGCGGCUACUAUACUAUUCAUUUUUGAAAGAGUAAGUGAAUUUGGAAUGCAAACUAUUUUCAUCUUGCAAGAUGAAUUGUACAUCCUUUCAACAAAAACAACCAGUUAUCCUUGGCGCUCUCUGUAUUCUAGUUGUAGAGCCCUAGAGCAGUGUGAAAAGAACAUCAGCUUCACCUUAUAUGGAUAGAACUAUACAAGUCAACGACCGCAUUUGCCUCAUUGUUUUAGCAUUGAUAUAAAAUGCGUAAACACUUGUAGGGCGUAUAAUUAUUAAUUUCAUUCUUUUAUGCGUAUCGACAAGAGCAUUGGUCAGGAAACCAAAAUUACUAUUUAGUUCCCCCCAAGGAGAACCCCUCCAACCUAUGGAGAUACGCACUUUCAUUUUGAAUCUCGUUCGGAAUCAACUCGAUAAAUAGUUUGCUUUUUAUUCCCCUGUGGAAAUGCAUAUUUUAACCCUAAGUUGUUUUUACUUCGAUAAAAAAUAAAUCGAAAAUCGGUACCACAAGUCGUUUUUAUGUUAAUCACGAAAUGAUAUAACGAAGUCACGACAAUAAAGUUCACGGUUAUACUGAUUGGAAA